AUGGUACCAAAGCGACCCUUAAGCGAGGAGGAGGAAGAAGGAAAUAGUUCUGGAUUUCCUAAUCCGGAAUCAAAUGAAAGUGGGUCUUCAAGCAAUGUUAGAAAUGUGAUGCAUAUGUUUUCUCAUGAAGAAUUUGAGGCAAGAUUGGAACCAUUAAUUCGAGGAGUGGUGCAAGAUGGGGUGCAGCUCGCAUUUCAAAAUUUCUUUGGUACACUACCAAGAUCUCCUUCUGAUGCACUUGAUACGGCUAGUACACCAUCCUUGCAGCUUCGUUUCCUGAAUAGGCUGCUUCCUACAUUUUUCACUGGAAAUAGGAUAGAAUCUGAGGACAGGAGUGGUAUAAAAGUAGGGUUAUUUGAUACUAAUUCCAAUAAGAUUGUGUCGUUUGGACCCUUGUCUUCACAGAAGAUAGUGCUUGUUCCUCUUGAUGGCGAUUUCCCUUUUGAUGAUCAGGAAGAUUGGUCUGAGAGUUAUUUUGAUGCCAAAGUUGUAUCUGCAAGAGAUGGCAAAAGGCCAUUGCUGACUGGGGAUCUUGUAGUGGCUCUGAAAGAUGGGGUUGCUGAUUUAGGCGAUGUUAUUUUUACUGAUAAUUCAUGCUGGAGGAGGAGCAGGACGUUUAGGUUAGGGGCAAAAGCCCAAUAUGCAACUGGUGGAGUCAAAAUUAAGGAAGCAAAGAGCCAAGCCUUCGUGGUAAAAGACCAGCGAGGAGAGUCAUACAAAAAGCACCAUCCUCCAUCAUUGGGUGAUGAUAUAUGGCGGUUGGAAAGGAUAGCAAAAGAUGGAGUUUUGCAAGGACUAUUGGCAUCACACAAAAUAUAUACUGUGAAAGACUUCCUACAGAUGUAUAAUACCAACAAAUCCUCACUAUGUGGGCUACUUGGUGGGCCGAAUAACAACAAUUGGAAGAAGAUUAUCAAACACGCGAAAGCCUGUGUUUUAGAUGAGAAGCUGUACAUGUACAGCUGUGUUGCAGAAGGGAUCGGGAUUUUGUUCAAUUCUAUUUUGGAGGUUGUGGGUGCAACCUUUGAUGGUGAAUAUCAUAUUCAUAUCUCCAUGAAUGAGCUUACCGAUUCCCAGAAGUCUAUGGUGGAAGCCUUGAAGCAACAAAUUUACAAAGAUUUGGAGGGGAUGUUACCAAUGGAAGAUUUAUCAAUGGUUGCAACACCAGAAGGAAGAUUGAUCAACUACAAAGAAUGGCAGAAUUGGAUCCAUUUUCUAAUUUUUCAGAAUAAAGAAUGGCAGAUUAAUUGA